AUGUGGCUCCUGUCAGGCUUCAAACUCAUGCGGGGUUACUACGUGGGUUCGGUCUUGGGAGUGCCUCGGCUCGGCAUUCCCUGUAUCAAGAUGCAGGCAAGGGGAGCACCAGAUUGCACAGAAGGCACUAUUAAUCACUACAGCAUGGCAUUGCUUCCAGCAUUUCCAGAAGAAGACCUUGAGGAACUUGACCUCCAGAAAGAUACCGGCUUUGUGCGCGGAAUCAGCGACGGUACCACAGAUGAAGGUCUUCCACCGCUUGAAGAUUUGGAAGACUUCGAGGAAGACGAAGAGUAUGAAGAACCCGAGCGAGGCUUGGCGAUUCGCCCUUCACGCAUGGGGCUCAAGAAUGUGCCAGGCAUGGAGGACGUGGUGGUCAAGACUCUCCCCAAUCCAAAGCUAUCACUCAAGGAGAGAAUGUGCUUGAAGCAUCUUGAGAAGCAGGAGGUGUCCAAGUUCCCUGCCCGCACUUGGGCAGUGACCCCUGAGAGCCGGGAAGCUUUGAAACCGCCAAGCGUAGAAGAUCAGCACGAGCAACGCUCAGUCGAGUUCCACCCCAUGGUGACUUGCCACCUCUUUCGUUCCUGAGACGUUUCAGUGACGGAGGUUCUGUGGACCCGGCAGGCCAGACGGUACAAACCCAGGCCAUAUGGGCUCAAUUCCAGAAAGCCCAAGCUGAAUCAGCCCACCCCCCUUUUUUGGUUCUGUUGUAGUGGCCAUGGACUUGGC